UGCUGCUGGUGCUGAGCCUAAUGAGCAGGGCCCCCCAGAAAGGUAUUACUGUAGGUACUCUAGCCUACUCUGGGACGGCAAGUUGAGGGAGAAAUCUAGGAAGAAAACGUACUGAAAGUGUUGACAUAAUGUGAGGCGUUGCAAUGCCGUUCUAGAUGCCCUUGAAACGACGGUCGUCUGUAAACUCACGAAACGUCUUCUACCAGCUCCCCUAAGAGCUUAGCCUAUGAAUCUGCGAUGUUGCGGUUUUCUCCCAACUAUUUAAUCUUACGACCAGUUUGUUAAUCUCCGAAACUAGCUAUUUGACGCUUUGGUCCUGAGAAAUGGGGGCGAAGCUUCAGGUGCAGCUGCUGCAGGCUCGGAACCUGGCGGCGAAGGAUAGCAAUGGCUUCAGCGACCCGUUCGUGCGGAUGCAGGUCGGCCGGAGCAAAGUGCGCAGCAGCACGGUGUAUAAGAACCUCAACCCCACGUGGAACGAGGAGUUUCUAUUUAGAACGGAUAACCUUGAAACGGAUGUUCUCCUCGUCACCGUAUGGGACGAGGAUUACUUAGGAAAGGCGGAUUUUUUGGGGCAGAUGUCGGUGCCGGUGGCUGCGGUGGUUGCUGCGGAAGGGAAGAGCCUCCCGCCGACGUGGUAUCUGCUCAAGAAGAAGAGCGAGCGAUCUCGCUCCUUCGUCUCAGGCGAAAUCCUCAUGGAGGUGUCCCUAUGGGGCCUCGUGUCGCACAAGGCCGUCUCCCAAACCGCCAGUCCUAACAGCUCAACCGCCGUCUCCCCAUACUCCGUCUCCCCUUUUUCCACCACCCCUUUCUCCAUCACGCCCCCUUCCACCUCGCAAACCCCCUCGCUCCCCCUCCUCACCUCCUCCUCCUCGUCCACGCCUUCCUCCCUCGCGUCCACUCCCGCCGUCACCACCCCCCUUAACCCCAACCAAGCCUACAACCCGCCAGCCGGUUUCAACUUCCUGCACGAGGACCUGGCGCCGAUCCCGUCGGAGCCUGAGGCAGACCCGUCGUCGUCGUCCCCCACCUCCUCCACUGACUCCACGACCUCUGCGCCAGCCGCGCUCAGCUCCCUCUCUGUAUGGCUGUCUGGCCCGCUUCCCUCCACGUGCUCGUCGGUGCCCUCAGUGGCCCCUUUGACCUUCUCGGGGCCUCUGCUGCCUUCUGGGAUGCCGCCGUCUGUGCCAGACUCGCUCCCUCCUGCGGAGUCACUGCCGCUGUCAGCUGUUGAGAGAUCCGAGGUCCCGUUCAGGCCUCAUUCGGGUUCGUCCUCCGCUGCCCCUCCUGCCACAAGCGCAGCAGAUCCAAAUGCAACCGUCUCCGAACGUCCAUUGCCUACCGACACGGAAUACGUGCCGUUCAAGCCUGACUCCACUGACCCGCACCCUAAGCCUGCUGCUGCUGCUGCCUCGCAUGCUCUCCCCCACUCCAUCUCCGCCCCGCGCGCCCAUCCAAGUCCCACUUCCUCCAGUCCUUCUCCAUCUCCGGCGCCUCAAAGGCCAAAUCCUCCAACCGCCACCAGAUCAGCGCCAUAUCUGAGUCCUCUGACGAGUCCUCCACGCCAACGCCCGCGCCCAUGCCCCACAGCGCCACGGCCCCACCCUUCCCAUCCCUCCCUCUCUCCUCCACCAUCGGCACAGCCCCCAAGGACCGCCGCUUCUCAGAAGGCUUUGCCAAGUCCGAGGCCGCCUUUCCAAAGACCAAGUCCGUGGGGCUCAGGCAGCGGCUGGCUGGCUUCACCUCCUCCUCCUCCUCGUCCUCCGCCUCCUCCUCUCCCUCCAGGUCCUCCUUUGGCUCCAAGGCCUCUCGCAGAGGCUCACAGCAGCAGGAGACGGAGCAUUUCCUGCCCAAGCAGCGGUCCAGAUCCUCAUUCCUGCCUAAGCGCCGCUCCUCCUCCACUGAAAGUGUUCCUAUAAGUAGCAGCAAGAGCACGGAGGGGGCGGCUGUCCCUCCCCUGGCCAAAUCCGUGACUGUAACGGGGGGAGGUACAAGCAGUGGGGGGUCAGGAGGAGCGUCGUCUG